AUGGACCCAUCGAAAAAAGAUAAAGCAAAGGCCGAACCUGACCCCGAACCUGAGCCCGACAUGGAGCCGCCCUUGGUCUCCACACUCACCAAAAUUACCGAUCCCAACAACGUCUUCUACACGGAUGAAAACGGCGUCAAAUACCGUGUAUGCCUCCCGCGGUCAGGCGAACACCUCAAGACUGCCGAAGCCAACUUCAUGUCGUACACGGAUGAUAAGGGCGUCUAUAAGGAAAUCUACCUCCCACAGGGCACCGUGAAAACGGCCUGGGACCACCUGGAGAAUGAGCGAUGGGACGAGCUGGCCAAGUUUGAGCCGUACACGGGUCAAGGAUAUACUGAGGAUGAUUUCAAGGCGUUUGAAGAGCGUCUUAAACGACGACGUGAAGGACAGGAGAAUUAG